CGUCAUUGUUGGCGCGGUAUGUUCGAGUUUGUCUGCCCGUCGCUGUUUUGAGAGAUUCUCUGUAUUGAGCUGAUUUACUUCAGUCAUCUUCACUGUAGUAAUGGAGAUAUCAGGUGCCGAUCAACACAUGACUGAAAUCAUUCGACCUGAUGUGCACAUAGAGGUUCAAGUGAAAUCUGAGAGCACGGUGAAGAGAUCAGAUAUACGGACUCAUGUCCUCUCACUGCUGGAUCGACACAGCUCAGUUUUAGCCUCUUACAAAUGGACAGAAUUUGAUGAUGAAUUUCUUACCAGAAAUGUGGAGUCUGUCACUAUCACCGAUGCAGUUGGUCCCAAACAGUUUAUAGAUCUGAGGGUCCACAACCUUUGUAUUCAUAUAUUUUCUCUCAAUGAUGAUUCCCCAAACACACUCACUCUUGAGGAGGAGGAGGAGCUCUCUGCUGCCAAUCAUUGGCUCCUCCCAGCAGGUGAGUUUCAUGGCAUUUGGGAGAGUCUCGUUUAUGAGGAAGACAUCAAAACACAUCUCUUGGAUUAUGUCACUACAACAAUUUUCUUCUCUGACAAGAAUGUUGACAGCAAUUUGAUUGCCUGGAAUCGUGUCGUCUUACUUCACGGGCCGCCUGGCACAGGAAAGACGUCUCUGUGUAAAGGACUUGCUCAGAAACUCUCCAUUCGACUGUCUAGCAGGUACGCGUAUAGUCAGUUUGUGGAAAUCAACAGUCACAGUCUCUUCUCCAAGUGGUUCUCAGAGAGUGGGAAACUGGUUACGAAGAUGUUUCAGAAGAUUCAGGAACUUAUUGACGAUAAAGAUGCCCUGGUGUUUGUGCUAAUAGAUGAGGUGGAGAGUCUCACAGCGGCACGAAACGCAGCUCAGGCAGGAACUGAACCAUCCGAUGCCAUUAGGGUUGUGAAUUCUGUCCUUACCCAGCUUGACCAGAUCAAACGGCACCCGAAUGUGGUGAUUCUCACAACAUCUAACGUCACAGAGAAGAUUGAUUUGGCUUUUGUGGACAGAGCUGAUAUAAAGCAGUAUAUCGGGCCUCCCAGCGCCAAUGCAAUAUUCAGCAUCUAUCUGUCGUGUCUGGAGGAGCUCAUGAAGUGUCAGAUCAUCUACCCCAGACAACAGCUGCUAAGACUGGAAGAACUGGACACCAUGAACUUCAUGGAAAGUGAUGUGACUCGUUUGAGUUUAAUGCUGAGGAAAAUCUCACAGAAGAGCGUCGGAUUCAGCGGACGAACCUUGAGAAAAAUCCCAUUUCUGGCCCAUGCACUCUUUGGAAAGACAUCUACAAUGACAGUCGAGAGCUUUCUGAAGGCAAUGGAUCUCGCUGUGGAGAAUCAGAAACAGGAACAAGCAAACCUGGUCAACUGUGUUUAAGCACAAGCCUACAGCGGGCUGUAAUAUAUUGCUAUAACACUUUUAUUUUUCAUACAAUACUUCUGACCACUCUGAUCUGCUAACACCGCAUUUUCUAAUCACCUGGUGAAUCCUGUUUUAUUUUAAGUUUGAAUGUUCAUAUAAGCACUUUGAAUCUGUUAUCUUUUAGGUAAAGUGUUGAAUUCAUAUUCAUGGAAGUCAAGUUGCUGUUAAUUCUGCUGGUUGUAAUUUCAUGUGAUCCAUAUGUGCGUCAAGUAUGUAAAGCAGUUUGACAUAUGCACAGCUUCAGCUACGGUUUGCAUAUCAACAGUUAAUUUUAUGUUCAGUUUUUAUAUAUGUACAUAUUUAAACAUUUGAUUAAAACAAGCACAAUGUCACUU